AUGAGCAGUGUAAAACCACCUUAUAUUAUCAUUACUGCUUGUUCGCAGUCACAUCCAUUUGAAGAAAGGAAGGUGAAUGUACCGUCUGCUGAAGAAGAAGCUUUGAAAAUUGGCAGAUCAGUAGCCAAAUGGAAACCAAGCCCAGAUAAUGCAAUUUUUGAUUGUAAAGUGCUGUCUCGGAACCAUGCGAUCUUGUGGUAUGAAGAAGGUUGCUUUUACUUGAAAGAUACUAAAAGUAGUAAUGGGACUUUCGUUAACAAUGAACGUUUGUCGAAAAGCGCUGAAGAGAGUGCUCCAAAGCAAAUCUUUUCUGGUGACAUUCUUCAAUUUGGAGUCAACAUUGUUGAAAACACUAAUAAAGUCACUCAUGGCUGUAUCGUUGCCAUCGUUCGGCUUUUUGGAAGUUCAGGUGAGGAAGUCUGUGGACCAGAACGAAGUAUAUCUGAUUCGGGAGAGCUGACUGUUGCACUGUCCUCUUUUAUCAAGUCGCAACAUUUGUUCCAAUUGCAGCAAUAUGUGCGUGAAGCCACAUAUCGCGAACGUUUACUUGAUCAGAAACUUGAGAAACUAGAAGGUUUUCUAGCUGCUACCGAACAGGCAACUGAGAACAGUUGGCAGGCUCUGAUCAAUGAGGAUCGUUUGCUGUCUAGAAUAGAAAUGUUGGAGGGGCAGUUGGCUUUAUAUUCUAAAAAUGUUUUUACUGAUAAGGUGAAACAGGAAAUGAAUCAGCUUCUGGAAGAUAGGAACAAGUUUGAAACUAUUGCUAAAGAAUCGUUGAGGAGGGCGCAAGAGGAAAAGUUUGAGGCAGUGCAGCGGCUCUCGGAUGUUGAAAGAAGUUUAACCAAUACUGGUAUGUUUUCACAACGUAUUCAAACUUUGUUGUCUUAAGAAGAGUGUAGCGCACUUCGUGAAAGAAUCGAGGAUUUCGAAAGGGAGCUUUCAGAAGCAUUAGCGAUGAAUAAUAGCUUAAAUGAUAUGGUUGCUCAGUUACAGAGACAAGUUCCUGCAGGGAGUGCCAGCCAUGUUAUCGCAACUGAGGGCGUUCAACUUUCAGAUGAUGAUGUUGUCUCUCAACAUGAAAGGAAGGAGUUGGAUGAAUUGAGAAACAAAGUGAAGGAACUUAUUGAAGAGAACAAUCGUUUAACAGGCACCAUCGAAAAGUUGCAGAAACAGCCUACGGCCACUGAAAAGGAGGUACUUCCCGUCAGGCACCUGUUUUACGACGACUCAGUAAUAGUAAGUGAUUGGAAUUCGCGGAUUAGAACUGAAGAGUCAUAA